CAACGAUCCACAGGGCCGUGGAGGCUAUUGAGGAGCACGUUCGAUGUGGCUGUUGUUGGUGGUGGACUUGUGGGGCUCGCGUCUGCCAGAGAGCUUGUUCUGCGACAUCCAUCCCUCACUUUUGCUGUGCUGGAAAAGGAGAAAGAGCUAGCCUGUCACCAGAGUGGACAUAACAGUGGAGUAAUUCACAGUGGAAUUUACUACACCCCUGGAUCUCUGAAAGCUAAAUUAUGUGUGCAGGGCGCUGCCCUCUGCUAUGAGUACUGUGACCAAAAGGGAAUUCCCUAUAAGCAAUGUGGCAAGCUAAUUAUAGCAGUGGAACAAGAAGAAAUCCCAAGACUCAAGGCGCUGUAUGAAAGAGGGUUACAGAAUAAUGUCAGAGAUCUGAGAUUAAUAAGUGCCAAAGAGAUGCAAGCAAAGGAGCCGUUUUGCAGAGGUCUGAUGGCCCUUGAUUCCCCAUACACAGGCAUUGUGAAUUAUAGACAAGUGGCCCUAUCAUAUGCUGAAGAUUUUCAGAAAGCAGGUGGGAGAGUGUUGACUGAUUUUGAAGUAACCAACAUGGAAAUGGCUAAAGAAAGUCCUCCAGAAAGUACAGAAGGGUUGAAACAUCCAGUUGUUGUUAGAAACUCAAAGGGAGAGGAAGUCUACUGUCAACACAUUGUUACCUGCGCAGGACUGUACUCGGAUCGCCUGUCUCAGAUCAGUGGAUGCAGCCCAGAACCUCGCAUUGUUCCCUUCCGGGGAGACUACUUGGUGCUGAAGCCAGAAAAAUGCUAUAUGGUGAAAGGAAACAUUUAUCCAGUUCCUGAUCCUCGGUUUCCUUUUCUGGGAGUCCAUUUUACACCGAGGAUGGAUGGCAGCGUAUGGCUUGGUCCUAAUGCAGUGCUGGCCUUCAAGCGAGAAGGCUACAAACUGUUUGACUUCAGCCCAAAAGAUUUUGGAGAUGCAGUUCUUUACAGUGGCUUAUGGAAACUGGUGAGCAGAAACCUUUCUUCUGGAAUGAAUGAAAUGUAUAGAGCAUGUUUCCUUAGUGCACAGGUGAAGCAACUACAGAAGUUCAUCCCUGAAGUUACCAUUAAUGAUAUACUCAGGGGUCCAUCUGGAGUAAGAGCCCAGGCCUUGGACAGUGAGGGAAAUCUAGUAGAUGACUUUGUCUUUGACGGAGGCACCGGAGAUAUUGGAAGCAGAAUUCUUCAUGUCAGGAAUGCGCCUUCCCCUGCUGCUACCUCUUCUCUUGCCAUUGCAAAGAUGAUUGCAAAGGAAGUAGAGGAAAGGUUUGGACUGUGAUGCAGCUGACAAGCUCGGCAUUCUGUGCAUCCCUCUCUUGUGUUUAGCAUCAUGUUAGCGCUGAACAAGUUCUGCAGUUUGUAAUAACAGAGAUAAUUUGGAGCCGUCAUUGUUUGGUAGAUAAACACUGGCGCAUAGGUUGUACAAUGCAAAAGCAGCAUUUUGAUUGUUUGCUUCCAUAAGCCCAUGACUUCUCAACUCUCCUACUAGAGAGGUGAUAUCCAAUAAAAACUUGGGGAAUGGAAGCUUCCUCUGAAGGCUCCAAAACACCGUUUGAGUAUGAGGGACAAAAACUUGUUAGUGUCUGGCUGGAAGGAAGGAGACAACUGCUUUGAAGGGUAGAUACAAUGAUGCCCCCACAAAGUCUGCAUCUCUGGGCAGGGUGCUAGGCAGUAACUCUAUUCUUCAGUCACAGGGAGGCAGCAGGAGUGAGCAGGGAGAGCGACUGCUGAAUGUGCUGCCCAGCUUUUUUUUUUUUUUUUUUCUUUUUUCCAUGCUUUCUGCCCUGACCAGGGCUUCUCCACUCUGUGCCACUGCAGUACGGUGGUCCUUUGAAGUACCAUGGGUAGGGAGAAGCUCUAUUGGUUUCUAAAGGGGUCUGUGGAACCGACUCAUUUACAAAAGGAGGGAGCAUCAGUUGAGCACCUGUUAUGAAAUGUAAAAGUGAAAGAAAGUAGCAUUUUGUCAUAGCAACAUCAGGAAAGAUGCACAAGCCCUGACAAGUUUUAUUUGAUUUUUCUUUACCGUUUCUACCCAGAUGUAUGUAUUGCACAUAGCAAUAUUGCAAGUCCACAGCUGGUCUCAACAAGCUGUGGUUAUACGUGGAGAUUAAGACAAAGUAAAUGCUUUGAUAAAAGCCACUUCCCAUAAAACUAGAAUUUGGGGCUCAUCACUGAUCAGCAGCUACUUCAUUUUUUGAAGACGAAUCAUGCAAAAUGAGCAUAUUUGAUACUGGGUGUCAAGCACUGCCGUGAACAUCUACUUGUAGAAACAAACGUGGAAGUGAGGGAAGUUAGAAACCCUGCCUUUUGAAUGGAGUCGUGGUGCGCUCUGCCUUCACUUGGAGUUGGAAUAGCAACGAAUCAUGGUCAUUUACCACUUCCCCUCCUGCCACAUGACUGGGGUCUUUGCGAGGACUGUUAGGGGGUUUUGAGACUGUCACUUGGGAACUUUAUGUUCCCUCUUAUACUUGUUGCUUCAAACACUCCGAAGUGUUCUCAGAAGUGUGCCUGGAAGUGAAACUUCUGUGGCAUCCAGAAAUUGGUCUUUAAAAUAGAGGGCUUUAAAACAAGCUCUGAAGUAACUCAGCCAUGAGUGCCUUGGUAUGUUCAGCAUAAUUACUACAAAACAGACAAUUGUGGAGCCCCAGGGGCAUGGUGCUAUAAGUGCGCUUUUAAAGCAGAGGUUCAUGGGAUGUUGGGAAAUGUAGAUAAUUAAAGGGAGUUAGCUACUUGGCAAUUUGGCACAUUCAGGCUUUUUUAAAAGAUUACCUAUACUUCUGUGAGAUAAGUACAUGUGCUUGCAUUAGCACAGGAGUUCAGUUAAAAAUACUAAACAGCGUCUACAUCUGUUAUAUAAAAUAACAUAGGAUUUGGCAGUCCCGUUUGCUAAAGAAAUGUCUCUGUUUCUCUUUCCGGAUGAAAAGUACUUUCCCAGGAAAAUAUUUGCGAACUCUCAGCGAGUGUAAAAGGGCAAGUCACAAACUCAAGUAAAUAGCUUCUUGGAGAGAAAUCCCUGUCCAUGCCAUAUUUUAAGCCGAAUAAAAAGUUAGAAUGGGAUCGCCUACUCAAAUACUAAAUGCAGUAGUAUGGUGGUACAAAAGUGCCAUACCAACAUAAUUAAAAUAGUUCCUUCCCGCAACUGUAAAUGCUACCAGAAGAUUGCAAAAGCAGCUGACUCCCACAUGAGGUGUGGCCCUAACAUGUAUUAACAGAAUAAAGAACACUAAAAGGUAAACCAGUCAUGCAGUAUGGUGAACCUUAAAGCAGCAAGUUUAACUGUACAGCUGCUGGGUCUUGAAAGCAUCUUGGUCUAAUUAACUUUGGGGAGGUGUCUGUUUUCGGCUACCAUUCAUUCGAUGCUUUUUCAUUUUUAAUCUUUCAUCAAAUUCUGUAAAAUAUUGUUUCUAAAGAGAUGUAAACAUUUUUUUAAAAGGAAACCUAAUUUUGUAACUUAUUGUCGGGGGAUGUUAAUGCACAGACUAAGUUUUGAGACGUUUGAAAAAUUAUCAAUAUUUUUAUUUUAAAACUAAAAUGUCUAAUCCAGGUGCAUCACUUCA